AUGACGCAAUAUGGUCCUUAUCAAGUCGAAGACAUAGCCUUUUGUGACAAUCACCGGGUUGACGACGAAUGUGCAAAAUACAUAGUUCAGUUUUUGAACGACGAAAAGGCCAGCAGGAAGCUGAGUGGUGUCGACCUUCUCAAUACUGGGAUCACCAAGGCCGGUGCACAGAUGAUAUUAGAUGCUGUGAAAGCCAAGCAACAACGUCUGUAUCAGCCGAUGACGCUUUGGCUUGGCACCGAUCCCCUCGCAGAGAGCACGAUAUCCCCAAGGGAAAUGUAUGAGCUUGCAUGCAGUAUCAUGGAGUGCAACGACGAAUGUAUCCGCAUGGCAGAACAGUCUCCUGAAUUCUGUAGGAAAAAACAAGAAGUAAAAAUGGCGGGCUGUGGUUAUGCUGAAGAAGAAAUACGCAGCUUGGUUGUAAGCGAGCUUGUAUCCAUCAUCUUUCUUGUUGGGGUGACGGCCGACUUUACCGACCUCCUUUCUCAGGAUUUGUAUCGACAUCUGAGGACUGUGAGCAGUCUUCAGAGAAUUACAUUUUCUCUGAUGAAAAAUCGGGUUACUAUGAGGCUGCAGCGGACUGGAGAUGUUGAUCUAUUGUUUGGAUUGAAUCUUCGAUUCGAUUCGAUUCAAUCAUUCCGAGGAUUGAUCAUUCCUUAG